UCAAAUUUUAUGAGCAGCUGCAGGAGGAAUCAAACACACACACAUCCCUUGUCAGAGCUCCACUUAAGUUUUUUUUUCUUUUUUGUUUUUGAUUCUUCACCUUGCUCAACUCUAUUUCUCCCUGCUGGAAUAAUGUGUGUGUGUUGUGUCAAGGUGUGUGUGUUGGUGUUUGUGUUGGUUGGGGGCGUUGUUGGACAGAGUUAUGGACCAUCAUGUUACGGUGGAUUUGACCUGUACUUCGUCCUGGAUAAGUCUGGAAGUGUUCAACAUCACUGGAAUGAGAUUUAUUACUUCGUGGAUCAUCUGGCACACAAAUUCAUCAGUCCUAAGCUCCGGAUGUCCUUCAUCGUUUUUUCGACAGAAGGCAGAACACUGAUGAAGCUCACAGAAGACAGGGAUCAGAUACGAGCAGGACUAGAAGAACUACAGAGAGUUUUACCAGGUGGAGACACUUUCAUGCACAAAGGAUUCGAGCGGGCGAGUGAGCAGAUUUAUUACGCAAGUGGUGAUGGUUAUCGAAAAGCAAGCGUCAUCAUCGCGCUGACAGAUGGAGAGUUACGUGAGACCCAGUUUGAUCUGGCAGCGAGAGAGGCAGGACGGUCACGUCAGCUCGGAGCCACGGUGUACUGCGUCGGAGUGAAGGACUUUAAUGACACGCAGCUGGCUACAAUCGCAGGCAGUGAGGAUCAUGUCUUUCCUGUGAAUGAUGGAUUCGAGGCGCUGCAAGAUAUCAUCGACUCAAUCCUGAAGAGAUCGUGCAUAGAAAUAUUAUCUGUUGAGCCUUCAACUAUAUGUGCCGGAGAAUCCUUCCAGGUGGUGGUGAGAGGAAACGGUUUCCUCCAUGCGAGAGAUGAGAGACGAGUGUUGUGCAGUUUCCACAUUAAUGACACCUUUACUGUCAUGAAGAGGCCUCUCGCUGUGGAGGACACAUACUUACUUUGUCCAGCUCCUGUGCUGAUGGAGGACGGGACAUCUGCGUCGCUCUUCGUCAGUCUGAACGAUGGCGUAAGUUUUAUCUCCAGCUCGGUCAGUAUUUCAGCACACGGCUGCAUGAAUACGGUCCAAACUCUCAGCACCUCCACUACCGCAGACCUCACCACUGCAGCUAUGCUGGACAAUAACGCUCCUCCACCAUCAGUCUGUACAAUGGGUGGGACAGUGUUGGCCAUUGCUCUACUCGUCCUUCUGCUGUUGGUGAUUCUGAGCCUGAUUUGGUGGUUCUGGCCGCUCUGCUGCACUGUGGUUAUCCAUGAACCGCCUCCACCUGUCAUAGAGGAGAGCUCGGAUGAAGAAGAAGAUGAAGAUGGCUUCCUAAAGAAGAAAUGGCCGACGGUGGACGCGUCCUAUUAUGGAGGAAGAGGAGUAGGAGGAAUCAAACGUAUGGAGGUGAGGUGGGGUGAUAAGGGAUCGACAGAAGAGGGAGCAAAGCUGGAGAAAGCAAAAAAUGCCAAAGUGACGCUGCCUGAAGUGGAGUACGAGUUUGAGUUUCCACCUUCGCGGACUCUCAAUAACGGCAUGCGCAAACCCAUCUCGCCUCCUAAAUGGUACACGCCCAUUAAGGGCAAGCUGGACGCUCUGUUUGUCUGGCUAAAGAGAGGAUAUGAUCGUGUUUCUGUGAUGAGACCGAAACCUGGAGAGAAGGGUCGCUGCAUGAACUUCACCAGGUUGAAAUCAUACCCUCCUCCUCGUUAUCCACACAACAACAGCAACAAGAGCAAAGGCAGCCCCAAGCCCAUCUACAGUUUGCCCCUUAAUUCCACCCCACCAGCCCCACAAUGCAAACUGCCUCCCACCCCAAACUGCAAUUACGCUGCCUACUCUUCAUAUCCUGACCACUUUUCCUACAACUCCUUCCCUUCUCAAUCCCCAACAUCCUCUCUUCCUCCUCUCCCAUCCACUCCACCCCCUCCUGCCAGCACUCCUCCUCCAUACUCUCCUCCACCUACUAGAUCCCCACCCUCCCUCCUGGCCCCACCGCCAUCCCCUCCACCUUCUCCUCCUCCAAGUUUUCAGACUUCGACUACUUCCUGUCCGGCUCCACCUCCAUACUCGUCUCCAUCCAUGCGGGCUCCUCCUCCAUCUCGCCCACCACCACGUCCCUCCAUCUAAAAGGAAGAGGCUACUAAAGUGAGGCGGAAAUUGCGACAUGGGCUUUUUUUCUGUUUCCACAUGAUGAGUCCAGAUGAACAGCUUGACGUCAUCGCAUGAGUGGAGCUUAUAAACAAGUUCAUCCACCGUUUCAAGUAGGAAACUGUACCAAUGCAUCCUGGGUAUGUUUCGCUCUUGAUGACGACAGGCAUUUAAGUUGGUUUAGAAAUUAAACAGGAAUUAAGCGUAGUGUACAUGAGAUGAUUUUGAGAAUCACAAGAUGUUCCCUACCUUCCAAUCUUGUUCUUGUUCUGGGAUGACUUUUUGGGAAAAAUGAUUGCACAAUCAUUGUGUAUGUGGAAGUGUGGAAUGGAGAGCGACCUGCAUUUAGGAAAUGUGGAAGAUUUCCUUUAAUGGAAUGGAAUUUUCCUUUGAUGGAAUUUUGGAGUGCUCCCUUAUGAUGUCAUAGUGCUACAACAGCUGACCAAUCACCAACUUCACAUAAAUUCAUAUGAAGUAAAACUGCACCAUCAUUACAGUCUUAUCUUUCUAGCAUUUAACUUCUCUUUCGUUCUGGCCUUCAUUCAUUUUCUUUUCUUAUGUAAUUGUCCUUCAUUCUUUCAGCACAGCUUUGUUUUUCCCUAUUCUUCAUCUCUGCAUUAUUUUUCCCCAGUAUUUUUACUUGAAUCCUGUUUUUAUUUUUAUCUCUAGAUUUUAUCUUUUUCCCCAUAUAUUCCAUCAUUCCUCUAUUUUUAUUUCCUUUCCCUUUGUUCUUUUCCCUCUGCGUCAUUUUUGUCUUUUUUUUUUUACUUAAAGUAAGAGCAAAAGCAAUCCUCUGCAUCUCUUUGCACUUGAUCAGUAUCACGCCUGGCUUUCUACUUUCAGAACAAUAAGCAUGUAUUUGCACAAACAUUUGCUUUAAAGUAAUAAAAAUUUGAAAGGAUGAUGUAAAGGUGAAUGAAGUUACAAUUGGGUGUAAAAAAACUUUUAAGACUUUAAAUGUGUAUAUACAGCCGUAUUGUAUUCUGGACAGAAACGGAAUAAACGUUGGCAAAUUUUGCUUUCAGCUAUUGAUCAUUUUUUGAUGACGUAACAUUAUUGCAUUAUUCCGAUAUCCUGAUGCCUUGUAAGUAAUUGCAGAAAUAAUUACAUGGUCAAAAGGGCUAUUUCCAUUUUUGUAAUUAAUUUUCUUAUUUGGAGAACAUAUCUGUAUUUUCUGGAUGUAAACUUUAUCUUGCUUGUGAAAAUACAAUAGUAGCUCUUUUUUUUUGUGAAGACUUUUUUUUGAGGCAUUAAUGUAAUCUAAUCACAGAGCAUGUUUUGUACAUUCUUACUUAACCUGAUCACACAGUUUGUCAUGUAACUCUACAAUUUUUUUUUAAUAAAAACAAAUAAAAUUUA